GCUAUUGAAGUGGGUCGAGCAACGACCCCAAACCUUGAAGACGCCGGUGGGGCGUGUGUCAGGUAUGGGCUUCGGCGAAGGAAGGGGGGCGACGGCGGAGAAGCCUUUUCAGAGAGUGACAGCGGCAAGACAAACCCCGGGCCAGGAGGCGGUAAAGACUCAGCCAGCAGAAGCAAGGAUGCAGCAUGAGAUUUGAUGGGACCUGAGAAGUCCCGUCUUUCAGACACAUGUACAGCAAAGAAUCACAAGUGCCUGUGAGACACGACAACAAAAAGACUGCCAUUGCAACACAGGCUGGCUUGCAUCACCAAAUAUCCAAGCAAGACCCCACUCUGGAGGGUCAUGAAUAAAGCCCAGGAUCUGCUUGACUGUGGCCGAAGGAAGGCUUGAACCACAGGUCCCCGCUGUGCAGAGUGAUGCUUAUUCUGUUCCAUGCCAUGGUCACCCCAUUGCUCUGUGUCAUCCAGGCUGCCCCCCUUCCCAACACCUAUAUCCUCCUUAACACCACUGAUACUCUAUGGGCUGAGACUCCCCUGAGGGAUUGGGACCUCUUCUCUCCACGUGUCACUCUAUCUAACCAAGCUCCUGAAGAGCCCCCCAUGCUUUUCCUCAUGGAGGACUCCAAUACCCUACCUGGACACGCUGCUAAUAGAACAUUCAAGUCCAAACGGUCAUUGGAAGGGUCCCUACGCCGGGGAGAAAUGUCUGUAUGUGACAGUGUUAACGUGUGGGUGACAGACAAACGGACAGCUGUGGACAUCCGUGGCAAAACGGUGACAGUGCUGUCUGAGGUCCAGACGCUUACAGGUCCCCUCAGGCAGUAUUUCUUUGAGACCAAGUGUAAUCCAGCUGGCGGAACUGUGGGUGGCUGCCGGGGUGUUGAUCGACGCCAUUGGAUCUCUGAGUGCAAAGCUAAACAGUCUUACGUGAGGGCUUUGACUAUGGAUUCUGACAAGAUUGUUGGUUGGCGCUGGAUCCGGAUUGAUACUUCCUGUGUCUGCACCCUACUCACACGCACUGGUCGAACGUAGGAAAGAAAAGGGCAUAGAUCAUGAACUCAUUUUGACCAAUCAAAGCACGGCCAGCUGUCUAAUAUGUUCAAUC